AGCGCGUUCGCAGGUAUGUGAGAGAAGGCACACUUCUUUGGAUACAGUUCAAGGCACUCCGCAUCUUAACGUACGAAAGGCUCCGGACUUUACGCAAAGAGCUCUCCGGACUGAAGACUGGACAGAUAUUACUGAGCAGCACACUAAGCAUGAAGCUGGAGGUGCUGUGUGGAAGUCACUAUGACAUGAAACAUUUCGAGGUGUCAAGUGAUGCUGAGGGUAAUGAGCGAUCUCCAUUCCCCCCUGAAGAGGAGCUGGGGUCUGAUGGGGACUGCGUGGCCCACAGUCCUCCACCUGUUACCCCGUGCGGCGGCAGAGGCAAGUCCAAGCCGUACACACGGAGACCCAAACCCCCGUUUUCAUACAUCGCUCUCAUCGCUAUGGCCAUCCGGGACUCACCCAGUGGACGUCUGACUUUGGCGGAAAUAAACGACUAUUUGAUGAAAAAGUUUCCGUUUUUCAGAGGCACUUACACCGGCUGGAGGAACUCGGUCCGUCAUAAUUUGUCUCUUAAUGAUUGUUUUCUCAAAGUGCUCCGGGACCCUUCGAGACCUUGGGGAAAGGACAAUUACUGGAUGCUUAAUCCUCAUAGCGAAUACACUUUUGCUGAUGGGGUGUUCCGGCGCAGAAGAAAGCGCAUCAACAAAAAAUUCAGCGGGGAACAAGACGAGUCCGUGCACACAGAGGAGCCGCAGCGCAUUCAUCAGUCUACGCCGACCACCAAGACUGAUUCCUGUCCCAAGUUUACCAGUUCAUUCGCUAUUGAGAGCAUCCUCAGUAAGCCGUUCAAGAGAGACUUAAAUAAAGAACAUUUACCUCUCAUUCCUGCCUUCACCUGGCCGUACUACACUGAACUAAUGACGUGUCAUUCAAACACACCUGCCUCAUUUCUAUAUGUCAAGACACCCUGCCAUGUGGAUUCCAGUGUCCAGCAUGUAUUAAACCCCUAUGGUGGUGGGUUUCUUUCAUAGACAGUCUUGCAAUAUCACAAAGAAAUGUGGACUUAUUACUCGGUGAUUCAAAAUCAUCACUGUGCACUAGUGGUGGACACUGAGGAUGAAGACGACCAAAGACAGACAGAAACCACUUUCAUCUGAGUUGGGACUUGAUUUAAUCUGACAUAACUGUGGCGGGAUGGUGUUUCCCUUUUAUUUUUGUAGUUUUUUGUCCUUAAAGCGU